CUUAUUUUUUAGACAAUAGUUGCAUUGAUCUGUGUCUAUAAAUAUUUUGCGUAUGUAUGGGCCACGUUUCCAUUGCCUUUUCAAUGUAAUGAUUAAUGAUACUGACUGAACUGCUGAAAGAUUUCAUCGGUAAAAGUAAAUAAAUUAAAAUAUUGUUGUUUUGGUGGUUUAUCUUACAUACUUUGUGAAAUAAAUAAGGAUAAUUUAAUCAAAAUGAAUGUGAUACAAGCAGUUAAAAUGUACAUUACUAAAAUGACGGAAGAGAGCGGCCCUGGAAUGAAAGUGAUAUUAAUGGAUAAAGAAACUACCAGCAUAGUGAGUAUGGUGUACAGUCAAUCGGAAAUCUUACAGAAGGAAGUUUACUUAUUCGAGAGGAUAGACAGUCAUGCCAAAUGGGAUAACAUGAAACACAUGAAAUGCAUAGUUUUUAUACGUCCAACAUCAGAGAACAUAGCUCUGUUGUCACGGGAACUGAGAGAUCCUAAAUAUGGUGUUUACUUUAUAUAUUUCAGUAAUGUAGUUUCUAAGGCAGACAUCAAAACUUUGGCCGAAUGUGAUGAAGAGGAGGCUGUCAGAGAGGUCCAGGAAGUUUUUGCUGACUACCUGGCUGUGGACAGACACCUGUUCUCUUUCAAUAUUGUUGGAUGCCUCCAAGGUCGGGUGUGGAACCAACAGCAUCUCCAACGAGUUUCUCAAGGUCUGCUGGCGCUCCUCCUGUCUCUGAAGCGGCGAGCCUGCGUUCGCUACGAGGCAGCAUCAGAACCCUGCGCUCGUCUCGCGGAGAGGGUCCGCGAUCUGCUGAGGAGGGAGGCUGUGCUCAUAGAUAAUAGCAUCCCUUAUAACGGAGAGCUGCCCCCUACUCAGCUGCUGAUCAUCGAUAGGAGAAAUGAUCCCGUCACGCCCCUAUUGAGUCAGUGGACCUACCAGGCGAUGGUGCACGAGCUGCUGACGAUAAACAACAACCGCGUGAGCCUGGCGCACGUGCCCGACGUGCCCAAGGACUUCAGGGAGGUGGUGCUCUCCUCGGAGCAGGACGACUUCUACGCGAAGAAUCUUUACUCCAACUUCGGCGAGAUCGGGCAAACCAUCAAGUCUCUGAUGGAGGAGUUUCAGACGAAAGCGAAGAGCAACCAGAAAGUGGAGAGCAUCAGCGAUAUGAAAAAUUUCGUGGAACAGUACCCACUCUUCAAGAAAAUGUCUGGCACGGUGACGAAGCACGUGACCGUGGUGGGGGAGCUCUCGGCCUGUGUCGGCCGCCACAAGCUGCUCGAGGUCUCCGAGCUGGAGCAGGAGAUCGUCUGCCAGUCAGACCACUCUAAACACCUGCAGCGGCUGAAGGCGCUGCUGGCGGACGGCGCGCUGCGGGACAGCGACGCGGCGCGGCUGGCGAGCCUGUACGCGCUGCGCUACGAGAAGCACGCGGGGCAGGGGGUGGGGGCGGCGCUGGAGCUGCUGCGGGCGCGGGGGGCGGCGGACGGGGCUCCGCUGGCCGCGCUCGAGUACGGGGGGGCGCACGCGCGACACGGGGACCUCUUCGGUCUGCAGGACGCGGUCAAGAUCACCAACAGGCUCUUCAAGGGUCUGAACGGCGUCGAAAACAUAUACACGCAACACACGCCCCCCCUGAAGGACACGAUCGAGGAUCUGUUGAGGGGCAAGCUGCGUGAGGCCCAGUACCCCACGCUGGGCGGGGACGACGGCCGCCGCCCCACGCACGUCGUCGUGUUCGUGGUGGGCGGGGCCACGUACGAGGAGUCGCUGUGCGUGCACCAGAUCAACAAGGCCAACCCGGGGGCCAAGGUGGUGCUCGGCGGGACCACCAUACAUAACUCGGCGUCAUUCUUCGAAGAAAUAAAGUCGGCUAUGCAGGGCGUGCACAGGACGCACACCAAACAUAUUAGGAAUGUUUAGAUGCGGUUUGACUGGUUGUGGAGGAAGCCUACCUAACUUAUAACUCGGCGCCCAGUGGCUGUUUAAAUAGACAAAACCAAUCCAAUCCAAACCAAACCAAUUAGCGGUAGGCAGCGGCUUGGCUCUGCUCCUGGCAUUGCUGAAGUCCAUGGGCGACGGUAACCACUUACCGUUGGGUUAGGUGGGCCGUACGCUUGUCUGCCUAUUAAGGCAAUAAAAAAAACAUGUGUGCAAUUCACACGUGGUAGAAGUGAAACCUUCCAAAAUUAAAAUACAAUUCUCCUAAACGUCUUAAGUAUAUGUAAAAUUUUGUCAUUAGUAAAUAAUUGUAAGGUAGCGCCCUCUGUGAAUUGAUAUUUUAAUUUCACGUAUAAUCCUAAAUUAAAAUUCACUACAAGAGCUUUCAUACACACGUUAGUAUUAAAAAAUCUCACAGAUGGCGCUGUAUUAAAUAGUAUGUAUAUUUCUGUCUCAUUCAUCCUACACAUUUUUGUAUUUGUGUCUCUUACCUGUCGUUUUUUCCGUUGCAUCCGGUUUGAAAUCACAACGAUUCUAAAGAAGUUUUCACUUCAAAAAGUCACUUUUUGUUUAAGGAUGGGUCAAAUACAAAAACAUAUGUGUAUUCAUAACGGGCUUCGCCUUCGUAAAAUAAGAUAUCUUGAUUUUUCAAUUGAAGUUCCCAAGCUAUUUCUAUUUGCGGUGAAUAAAAUGAUAAAGCGAUGAGUGUAUUUUUAUCAUAACUUGUUAUUUAUGUGUUCUUUUAUAUUUUAUUUUAUUAGUCAUAGGUAAAUAUUUAUAAUGAUUGUAAGAUUUUUGCAAUAUUUUCAAAUUAAAAUAGCUAUUGCACUGUGAUUUUUAUUUUGUAAAUAUAAUUCUAGCUUAUAUAAGUUUUGCUCGUGUUUUUAUUAUUUACGUAACGGUCUAAAGACCUAAUAAUGUUAUGAUUUCAAUAAACUUUAAUAAUCACAUUUCGAA